GGCGGUGAACGUGGGCGGCGCUGCUCCCGCUCUCCCUUCCGCAGGAAGCGAGGGGGUCGUGGCAGCGGCGCGAGGUGGAGGAGCCCGGUGUUUCUGGUUUUUUCCUUAUCCCUGGUGACAAAACACAGAAGAACCUCAGGAUGUCUGUAAUUCAGCAAGGGACAGCAACACUUCGUAAAGCAAAGAAAAUCACCGUAAAAACAUGUCUAGAUAACCCCUUUGUUUUUCAGUGGAAAACCAUAGAUGGAAAAGAUAUGCAUUUCAUACUACAGACCUUAGAAGAAAGGAUUAAACAUAUUGGACUUAAAAAGAUUGAGAGUCCAAGAAAGAAAAAACGUUCCCUUACAAAAAAACAAAUGGAAAGAAAGUGCGAUACUGGCACUAAUGAAAUCCCUAAAGAGGAGGAAACAGAAAGCCAUCAACAAAAAACAGGGUGGACUGACAUAGGCAUCAGAAGACAGCUCGCUAUUGGAGUUAAUGAAGUUACAAAAGCACUGGAAAAAAAUGAACUGCUUCUCCUGCUGGUGUGCAAGUCUGCAAAGCCUGCCAUGAUCACAUCGCAUCUCAUUGAGCUGAGCGCAAGUCGAGCCACACCAGCAGGCCAAGUGCCCCGGCUCAGUGAAACAGUCGCGCCACUUCUUGGCUUAACAUCCAUUUUAGCACUAGGCUUCAAAAAGCAGUCCGAUAAAUUUACUGAAACAAUAGAAGCAAUAAUUCCAAAGAUACCAGCACUGGAAGUGCCGUGGUUUCAGUGCAGAGCUGAAGAAUCUGUGGCUUAUGCAGAUACAGAUUCUUCAGAAAAUGAGGAACCCGAUGAGCUUGCAGAAGCACGGGGGGAUGAGCUCGCAAGCCAGAAGCGGAAGCGUACAGAAAGCAAUCAGCCUGAUCUUUCAAAUGUAAUUUUGCAGCCUUUGAAAAUCAAGAAACUUGUCCCAAAUCCCAAUAAGAUAAAGAAACCACCUCGCAAAAAGAAAAAGCUUUUUCAACCUAACUGAUUGUAGUUUGGUUCUAUUAAACUGAUUUUUUACAUGCAGAAUGGAGUACAGUUCUAACUGAAUAAUAUUUUUAGGCUUUACAGUGUAAAGCUCUUGAAUACAAAGUAAUUUUGUGUUGAAUUGAAUACAAAGAAUUUUAUGGUGCAUUUGGUUGAGGUACUUUCUGCUUUAAUAAAGAAUAUUGCUCAGA